AAAUGAAAGUGCUAUAAUGUUUAGAUCCCAGGUUUGGAAUAUAUCGAUCAUAUAUUUAUGAUUUGCAGGUUCAUUUGCCUACGCCUGAAGAGGAAACAUCAACAGAUGGGACAGAGAAGAUCUGCCAAUGCGGUCCUAGAGAUGCCACCAACUUCUCCUCCAAUAACAUGGAUAGAAAUCAUACAACCUGUUGCCAAAAAUGAAGCCGUGGUUGUGGAAUGCAUUGCAAAAGCUGAUAAUAUUCACGAAAAAAUCAAGGAAAGUAUCCUUAUUCCUCUAACAAUUUUAAUAAUUGGCAUAAACGUGGCAAUCUUAUUUCUAGUGGUAAUUGACAAAAGAUUUUAUAAUCCAAAAGUAGCCUUUAUUUCCACUCUUGGUGUGGCGGAUCUAUUUGUUGGUGUAGUUUCUGUUGGGACUUUAAUUACAAAAGCAAACGAGAAAACAUAUGAACACUGCUUAAUUCGGAUUGGUUUUACCGUAACAACAUGUGUUGCCUCCAUCCUCAGCUUAAUGUGUAUUGCACUGGAAAGAUUCAUUGCAAUAACGUACUCUCUGAACUACAAAUCAGUAGUAUCCAAAAACAGGGUUGUCGGCGCUAUUGCUGCUAUUUGGAUUAUAUCAGUGGUGGUUGGAUUUCUACCUCUUAUGGGAUGGAAAAACAACCAUUAUCAACAGUACUGUUCGUAUCUUUACGUGUUGCCGGCCAAUUAUAUUAUAUUCAUCACCGUCUUUGGAGCAAUUAUACCCCUAGGCAUCAUGGUCGUAAUAUACAUCAAGCUAUACAGAAAUGCGAGGUUUCAUAUCAAGCGCAUCGAAGCACUGGAAAAUAUAAUGGUUGUUGAAAGACUUCGUAGAAAUAUGGGAAUUCUACGAAUGUCAGCACGGAGCUGGAGAUCCUUAAAAACUAUGAUUUACGUAUUCGGUUGUGUUUUAAUUACUUGGAGCCCUUUCAUUGUUGCGUCCUUUGUCCAAAUUACAGUUGGGAAAGAUAUGUGCAUACUUAAAGACAUAGUGGGAACUCAUUUGCUAGUGUUAGGGUUUUCCAAUUCCUUUCUUAACCCACUGAUAUACGUUCUUCGUACAAAGGAUUUUCAAGAGAGAGUAAAGGAGAGGUUAGAACGAUACAAAGUUUGUGCAAGUUACAAUCCAAACAAUAAUAAUGAAUAGUUUCUAGUUUAUGUAUGUAUUUCAGUUUCAAGUACUUUUUGAAAAUUAAAAAUUAAAAUGUGCAUUGUUAUUCUCAUUAAAAACAGAUUUUGAAAGUAA